ACAGAAACAAGCAGAGACGGGGCCGAGAGAAGCAGAGGAGGGGACAGGGGAGCAGACCCUGGGUGAGGAGCCUGCAGCCCCCCGCCAGGUGCAGCCGGAGAGGCCAGCCCGAGGGACGGGGCCAUGUGGCUGCCAUGGGCUCUGCUGCUUCUCUGUGUCCCAGGCUCUUUGUCUCUGCGCGGCCCCAAUAAUGUGACGGGCACCGUGGGCGGAUCCCUGAGCGUGCAGUAUCGGUACCAGAAGGAAUAUGAGGCAUUUAACAAAUACUGGUGCAGACAGCCGUGCUUGCCACUUUUCUCUGAGACUGUGGAGACCAGCGCCUCCAGGAGAGAGGUGAGGAGAGGCCGAGUGUCCGUCCUGGACCAUCCUGGAAACCUCACCUUCACAGUGACCUUGACGAACCUCACUGCAAACGAUGCAGGAAAAUACAGGUGUGGGAUUUCCACGCUACUGAUGGAAGAGGGGCUUCCUGGCUUCUUGCCUGAACCCUUUUCCCAGGUUCAAGUGUUUGUUUCCCCAG